GCCGCUAAUCAGUCACCCUCGUAAACUCGGACUGGCUGGACGCUUCUUUCGGACCCCUACCUACAUAUCUGUUGUACUGUAUUGCUCGGGGAGUUUUUUUUACAUCUUCUAAAUAAAUCAUUUUCAUUCGAUAGUUUUUCUGGUCCUCAGUACAUUGAGUUAUUUCACGUUACAUAUCCAGCGAUUUGUGCUAUCAUAUCAUUACUGUAGAGAACGCGCGCAAACGAGGCCCCUUCUGUCCGGCUGGAAGCAACGAACAAUCAGCAUCAUCAUUCCACAGUGCGGUGGCAGGUUGUUGAGUCACCGGCGCGACCGCCAAGUGUGUGGUGUGUAUUGUAGCUCUCCAUGACUACGUUCGGGUUCGGCAAUUUCGAUUGAAGAGUUCCACUGACGGCAGUCGGCGCGGAGAAGUCGUGGAAACAAGUGCCUCGGUUUAAACCAAGAUUUACGGAAAGUGUCACCAGAGUGUGUUACGGUAGCGAAAAAUCAGUGCAGAGGAGAAAACAGUUUGUGGCGAUUGGCAAUCAUAAAUCAAAACAUAAAACAAAAAACCGCAAUCUCUCAACUUUGACGACGAAAUCGAACCGAAAAUCGAUUAAUUCUUUCUGGUACGGAUUUCUCCCGGCUAAGGUGUGACAAAAUUUAGCCAACCGCUGCCGUGUCAUUCAAAAUCGACGAUUUUCGCGGUUACUGGCCGUCACGUGGUGAAACGACACCCUCAAGUAUCAUAAUCAAUUUUUCAUGCUUGAAAUUCAACAAAAGCACUGCCAGCUUAGUAUUGUCGGUAUUCUCAAACGAGUUUUAUCUAAGUAGUUUUUUGUUGUUGUCUCUAUCUAUACAACUCGCAUUAAGUGCAACAAGUGAAUGAGAACAAUUUAGAUCAUCCCACCUCCUGCAGCCAGCCUCAGUGUUUGUGAGUGUUUAUGUGUUUACGCGUUUAAUUGGGACAGUACGAAAAUAGCUGGAUUUUAGUGGCUUGAAAUUGCAUACUGCGGAACGUUCCACCUGCUGAGGACAACAUUCUUCGGUUGAAACCAAAUGUUCCGCUGACAGUAUCCAACUGUGACAACACCGAAACAGACGCCAGUAGCGCUGUGCAGAGAGCCACAACCGUACAACAAAAUCGCAGUCGUAACCCCCUUAACGCCAGUGUGAUGAAGCUCCGAUCGAGGAUACAGUGGCUGUGGCCAUCGUUAGCCUUGCUAGCUGUAACGUGGACCAACGGAGCAGCUAUACCCGUCCAAACGACCUCACAGGCAGAGCUCUAUCUGUCACAGUUCGGAUACAUCAGUGCGAAGUUCCGCAACCCGACUAGCGGGAACCUGCUGGACAAAGACACAUGGGAGAAAGCCAUUAUGGAGUUCCAGAGCUUUGCCGGGCUGAACGCGACCGGUGAACUGGACAAGGAAACGAUGGAACUAAUGUCACUGCCACGUUGCGGAGUGCGUGAUAAGGUCGGCUUCGGUUCGGAUUCCCGAUCGAAACGAUACGCGCUGCAAGGUAGUCGCUGGAAGGUGAAAUCACUAACCUACCGGAUAUCCAAAUAUCCGUCCAGACUAGAGCGAAGUGAGGUGGAUAAGGAAAUCGCCAAGGCAUUCUCGGUAUGGAGUGAGUACACUGAUCUAACGUUCACCCAUAAGAAAAGUAGUCCGGUGCACAUAGAUAUUAGGUUCGAAGUGAACGAACACGGUGACGGUGAUCCUUUCGAUGGUCCGGGAGGCACCUUGGCGCAUGCUUACUUUCCGGUGUACGGAGGUGAUGCCCAUUUCGACGAUGCAGAAUUUUGGACUAUCGGUAAAACCCGGGGGACAGAUUUAUUCCAAGUAGCUGCACACGAGUUUGGUCAUUCGCUUGGAUUAAGUCAUUCCGAUGUACGGUCAGCACUGAUGGCACCAUUCUACCGAGGAUACGAUCCCGUAUUUCGGUUGGAUUCAGAUGAUAUUGAGGGAAUCCAAGCUCUCUACGGACGGAAAACUAACUAUGACGGUCCAAACCGAACAACUCGUCGCCCGGUAGUCAGAGAACCGGACUCCGUGUUGUGCUCCUCGCCAAAGAUAGAUGCCAUUUUCAACUCAGCCGAUGGAAGCACGUAUGCCUUCAAGGGAGAUAGCUACUACAAGUUCACUGAUAAUGCAAUCGCUCCCGGUUAUCCCAAAAAAAUCUCCGACGGUUGGCCAGGACUUCCUGGAAACAUUGACGCUGCUUUCACGUACAAAAACGGCAAAACGUACUUCUUCCAGGGCACCAAAUACUGGCGAUACUCGGGCCGCCAAGUCGACGGAGACUAUCCGAAAGAGAUCAGCGAGGGAUUCACCGGCAUUCCGGAUCAUCUGGAUGCUGUGCUGGUGUGGGGUGGCAACGGCAAAAUCUACUUCUACAAGGGCAGUAAAUUCUGGCGGUUUGAUCCGCUGAAGAGGCCCCCGGUCAAGUCAACCUACCCCAAGCCGAUCUCCAAUUGGGAGGGACUGCCAAACAAUAUAGAUGCAGCUCUGCAAUACACCAAUGGCUAUACGUACUUCUUCAAAGACGACAAGUACUAUCGGUUUAACGAUAGGACUUUCUCCGUCGACGUUUCUGAUCCGCCAUUCCCACGGCCGGUAGCGCACUGGUGGUAUGGCUGUAAAAAUACCCCCUCGACGUUCAACACGCUAGGUAAUGUAAAAGCUAUUAAGAAUGAAGACGUCGAGCAUGAUAAUGUCGCCGAUGAUUUGAUUUUGGAUGCGGCCGAGACAGAUGAGCGACCGGCCGGCGAUGACUACAACACCGGUAAAGGGUCGAGUUCCGUUCGGAUCACCGUCAGUAUUACACUAAUCCUUACCCUACUUGGAUUCGCACUGAAGGCCUAGAAUAUUUAAUCGGGCCUCUCGCCCGGAUAAAAAUCGCCAAAUUUAGUUACCUUUAAAAAAACCCACACACAUCCAUAUCUCCGUCAUUCUUAAGGCCAUAUAUCAUGUUAAUCAUAGCGAACGGAGGAACAGCGUCAGUUUUGCGUCAGAAAAUUGAUCUCACAAUUUGUUCCGAGCGCAGAAAUCAUCCAGCCAGUGUCCGCCCAGGAAGCUUCGAGCCAGUGACUUUUAGUUCCGUGCGGGGGAACAUGCCCGCAGCAAAACCUCCAAAAUCGUGUCCUUCCGGCAUAUUAGUUAGUUCCAGUAACCAGGGAGGUAGAGAGCUCUACACAGUUAGAGUAUAAACAAAACGUAAAGUAAAAUCGUGAUACAGAGUAUUCUUUUCUAUUAUAUUUGUGAAACGCAUCAAACUAAAAUGCCUUCUUGUAAGUAGCGCUGUUUACUGUUUCACCGUUUUGUCAGGAUAGAAUUAGCGAAUCGACGAUUCACAUCAGCGACAAACGUUAACAACAGUCAAAGUCAUUAACGUAAGAGCUUAAGUUUUAUAAGAAUAUACGAGAGUGAGAAGAGUAAACAAAAAAACUUCAAAUUACUAUUAACGGUGCCUUCUAAAACAAUUGUAUAUACAACUAAUUAAACUAGUUCUAACCAAACUGGACUCAAAUCGGUUGAAUCGGUUAUAGAGCACAACUUCUGCCUACACUCACUAUUCGAUUGUUGAGUAUUUCUAGUAAUCUUUGAUUUCUAAACGACCAGGAUUAUUUUUUUAUCACAACCCAACCAAUCUACCGAAAGUUUUCCAAUAUCUUCUCACUAAGUCUCCAGCUCACAGGUAUCGAAACAACAGUGCAUUCGUGUCAUGUCGUUUCAAAGUAGAGGAAUUUACCAUAUAAUAAUACUAGAAUUUUGUACAUAUUUAUUGCGAAUAAUGCUCUAGGAUUAAGCGGAAAACCCACAAAAAGUCAAUAAAACAAUUUAUCAUUUGAAAUCGAAGAA